UUAUGAGCCGAACGAAACCAAGCAGUGACCCGGAAGUGAACCAUUUGAAUUGAUGUCCGUCUGUCGUCGUGUUCAUUUGCAUGGUUCCAUCUGAGCAGGGGCCCCUGGUGCCCCCCUGUGAUACACAAGAUGGAGACUCGUCAUGGCAUCAUGAAGGCUUUCCCCAGAGUUAAAAGGGCCAAAGUACUACAGGGAAAGGACGCACCACCACUGAAGAAGAAACCAGAUGCAUGUGAUGCCUCAGGAGACACUUUUAAUGGAGUCACAGUGUACAUCCUCCCUGCUGGAAUAGGAAGUGCCAGAUGUCAGAUUUUUCAAAGACAAAUUCAGCAGAAUGGAGGACAGACAGAGAGUUCACUGUGUCCCACUGUCACUCAUGUUGUUGUAGAUGGCAACAUGGACAGUGACAGGGCUCUGCGCCUACUGAAAGUGGAUUGUAUGCCCUCUGGAGUCCAACUUGUGAAAUGCACUUGGUUGAGCCUGUGCAUCAGUGAGAAACAACUCCUGGAUGUAGAUAACUACAGUCUUCUUUUACCCAAGAGGGAUCCUGAAACAGAACAUGAAAAUAUUAAAGAAGAGUUGCCGAUUGUCAAACCUGCAGCAUUUGUUGAACCAAUGUCUCAUCAAACCAAGCAAGAGGAGACUAUAGACAUGACUGGACCAGAAACUAAAGAUGAAUUGCGAGCAGAAGAAGAUGUCGUCUCUCAUAGUGACCUGAAAGCCCUCAUCACUGGCCAGCACCCCAAAGAGGAGAUGCCUGGCCCCAGCCUCGACCCCGGUCCGGACCCUGCGGCUCAGAAGGCGGCCUCAGGAAAGUGGGUCUGUGCCCAGUCCUCUCAAUCCAAAAGCAAUAACUUCAACAAGCACAUCACAGACAAACUAGAAGUGCUGGCCAAGGCCUACACGCACCAGGGGGACAAGUGGAGGGCGCUGGGCUACUCCAAGGCUGUCAACGCACUGAAGAGUUACCACAAGCCUAUUACAUCAUAUCAGGAGGCUUGUCAGAUUCCCGGAAUCGGAAAACGAAUGGCUGACAAAAUCGAUGAGAUUAUGGAGAGUGGACAUCUCCGGAAGAUUGAUCACAUUGGGGAGGCUGUGCCAGUACUGGAACUUUUCACUAACAUUUGGGGUGCGGGAGCUAAAACCGCACAACUGUGGUACCAACAGGGAUUUCGCACUUUGGAGGACAUCCGCACAAAAGCCCACCUGACCAACACUCAGAAAAUAGGACUCAAGCACUACGAUGACUUUCUGGACCGUAUGCCCCGAGAAGAAGCGGCAGCCGUAGAGAAAUUGGUGAGGGAUGCCACCCAUGCUAUAGACCCAGGACUAGUGGCGAUGGCCUGUGGCUCCUACCGUCGAGGAAAAGCCACAUGUGGAGAUGUAGACAUACUCAUAACUCACCCCGAUGGCAAGUCACACAAGGGCAUUUUCAGCAAAGUGUUACAGAGCCUCCAUGACAGUGGGUUUUUGACAGACGACCUGGUGAGCCACGAGGAGAAUGGAGAGCAGAAGAAAUACAUGGGUGUGUGCCGUUUGCCAGGACCCGGCCACCGCCAUCGCAGGCUGGACGUCAUCGUUGUGCCCUACGGCGAGUUCGCCUGUGCCCUCAUGUAUUUCACCGGGUCGGCACACUUCAACCGCUCAAUGAGAGCCAUGGCAAAGACGAAAAACAUGAGCUUAUGUGAGCACUCGCUGAACAAAGCUGUGGUGCGUCAGGGAACUUUAAAGUUGUAUGGCGGCACUCCGCUUCCUACACCGACAGAGAAGGAUGUAUUCAGUCUUUUAGGCAUACCGUACAGGGAGCCCAAUGAAAGGGACUGGUGAUCAUUUGUCAAUCACAAUGCAAAGUUGGAUUUUAGAGAAAAAUAAUCAUGAAUCAAUGAGAAAGCUCAAUCAUGCUCAAACAACCAAUUUUAAGGAUUUUUUGCUGCUCCACAGAUCAAAUUAGAGCCCUGUUUGCCUUGAAUGGCAAUUUUACUCACUAUUAUUCUCCUUUAUUAUAAAAAGGUUCAAGCUCAAAAACAUAUUUACUGACUUAACUGCAUCUCUCAGGUUGUUUCAGUUGUAUAUGCCAAGGUUUCUGAGAUGUCCAGUCCUGACACUACUGUGAGUCCAAUAUAUAAGUGAAGGGGAAAUUUGUUGAGGAUUCCAUAGCCUUUAAAAGUAAUUUAGAGUAUUUUUUAAAAAUUGUAGUAUGUAUAUAUUUAUCUAUAUAUGUGUAAGUUAGUAAGUAAAUUAAGUAAGUAUUUCUUUUUUUUUGGGGGGGGGGGGUGGCGUAUAGAUUAACUAGCAGGUCGAAAUCAAACCCGGCUGCUGCGGAGGCGUGCCCCCCCCCUCCCCUAUGAAAAAAUAUUGGAUGAAUGGAUAAAUAUUGAUGAAAUUCCAUCAAUAUCAGUGAAAUCAAUAUCACUUGGAAAUUCCCGAAAAUCAAAAAAAAAAAAACUGUCGCUCAUACUUUCAAACAAAGUAAACCAAAUUAAUAAAUAAAUCCUGGAUCCUCCACUUUGUCCUUAUCUACCGCAAAAUGGGAUGUUUUUUUUCUUGGUCCAUGUCUCAUUCUUCCAAGUUUUGUGGAAAUCUGUCUGGUAAUUAUUUUUUUCUCAUCAUAAUCCUGUUGAAAAACAAAGCACCAAACAAACAGGAGCGAAAGCAACCUCCUUGGCUGAGAUCAUUAUCAGCAGGUACAAGUAGAGCAAAGUGGAAUAAUAUGUGGUUUUACAAGUUGAGUGAACUGUUUGACAACAUUUUAACAUAGGCAGUGAUUGGUGGUGUAUUUUUAUUCUGAGUGGUGAUAAUAAAACAUAUUGAAAGGGAACAGUA